CCAUUACGAUGCGACACGUGCAUAUGCACUCUCGAAGCUUGCCAAUGUUCUGCACACCAAGGAACUUGCUCGGAGACUCCAGCAAAUGGAGGCAAACGUGACAGUAAACUGUGUCCAUCCAGGAAUAGUUAGGACCAGACUCACCAGAGAACGCGAGGGCCUUAUUACAGAUCUGGUGUUCUUCUUGGCUUCCAAGCUCUUAAAGACAAUCCCUCAGGCUGCCGCAACGACUUGCUAUGUUGCGACGAAUCCGAGGCUGACGAAGGUGUCUGGGAAGUACUUUGCUGAUUGCAAUGAAACGUCGCCGUCGAAAAGGGCUUCCAACUUAAGCGAAGCAGCUCAGUUAUGGACUGCCUCUGAAAUUAUGGUUUCUAGAGACCCCAAACCAAUUCUUCCUGCAAUCAGCGCCUGAGCCCCACAAGAAAAGUUAGAAAAGUACAUGAAUUACUAAAGAAAAUAUAGACAUGAAAAUAGUAUCCAUAUGCAUUUGCAUGGUUAUAUAUAUGCAAUAUCAUAAAUAUUAGUUGUUAAUCUAGAGAGAUAGAUGUAAUCUAUAUAUUAUAUAUAUUGAGAAACCAAACGUAGGUAGGAAAAGAAGGAAUAUGUCACCAGAAUAUACGAUAUAGACAGCUUUUAAUA